AUGACGUCAUGGUCCGGGGUGUACGCAACUGCCACUUCUCCCUCCUCUUUCUUCAUCCGUGCUACCUUAGCGCCUACAUACGAAGCUUCAACAUCACCUGCAGCACCAUCAUGUGCGCCACUUCACGUGUGGAAUAUCGUCGCGAAAGUAUCCGCGCUGUACCAAAGCAAUGAACAACAAAACAUCGCGGUCUCCAGCAGAGGCAACGCACGUCAGCAAGACUCAGCUCCAUGCAUCCCGAUUACUCAACCUCAACAACCCGGCCUCGCUAGCAUGGACAACAUCCACCCUGGUCACGAUCGUGUCAGCAAGACUCGCCUCGACGACAAAGGCGAAAAGAAGCGCCGCCAAGGUUCUGAAAACGCAGAACACGCCGCUCCAAAGCGCCCGAAAGUUUCCAACCAGAACAUCAGUGCACAGAAUGAGAGUCACGCCCCCGCCUUCCUUCACGAUUACUCAACCGGCCGCCCCUGCCUGGCCCUUCAUCCUUUCCGCCUCAUCACCACUUUCCUGCAAGUUACUCUGACCCUCUUCACCUCCAUCAUUUGA